ACCUUUUUUUUCUUUAAUAUUUUUUAUUUUUUGUAUAAAAAUGUUUACAGAAGGAUUAGAUGAAAGUGCACUCAGCUGGGUCAAGCAGGGAUUGGAGAAAGAAAAAAUUCAAACUCAUUCGCCUUUAAGAGAGACUGCAAUUGAUCAUGAGUACCUGGUUCCAAAGUCUCCCCUUUCUUUUAACACGACAACUUUUAAGUCCUCUAAUCUAUUACCACCACUUAAAUUCCAUUCGGGCCUUCUUGGAUCGCAUAGUCUCGAACCAAACAGUUACAAUGAUUAUGAAGAUGAUGACUAUGAUGAUUAUGAUGAUCAUGAUGAGAGUGUAGGUUCUGCUUCGGAUGAUAUGGACUGCACUAUCUCUGAAGGAGAAGAGUUUAAUGAAGAAAUCUUCAAUGUUAAUCUAGUUAAAGCACAAGCACCAAUUGGACCUAAUAAGUCUACUUUGAAUAAAGGGAUGAUAAAAGAGAACCUUAGUGUUGAAGUUCCUAUGAACACAAGGAAGUUUACCGAAGCUGGUUGGCAUGGUGGGGCAAGCAUACUGCCAAGUUCAGUUUCAGCUGCUAGUCGUUUGCGUGAAAUGUUACAACCUCAUAGUGCAUAUGGUACCCCGGUAGCUGAGUUAGGAACUCCAAGUGCACCUCCUAUUUUUGAGGAAGUAGAAGAUGGUACACUAGUUCAAGAUGCAUUAAGUAAAGAAUCUUCACGAUUUUCAGGAAUCGAGCAGUCUCAAAAUGAGGUAAAUAUGCCAGAAAAACUCAUUGGUGAUGAUGGCAAACUGGAGUCUUCUUUUAGUGAAAGGGAAAAUGAAGCUGUUUUUGAGAAAAUAGACAAGUCAAUGCCAUGUUUGGAAACAAACUUGCUAGAUCAAACAACUUAUUAUAACAGUGGUAAAAAUCCAUGGCAAACUAUGAUCACAUAUGAUGCAUGCUUUCGACUGUGCCUGAAUGCAUGGGCAAGAGGCUGCACAGAAGCACCUUUGUUCCUAAAUGAUGAAUGUCGUCUUCUACGCAACGCCUUUGGGCUACACAAGUUUUUGUUGCAACCGCGGGGUUUCAAACCAGUGGUAAGUAGUGGUACCGAGAAUACAGAUAAAGCAUGCCCAUUGAAAGUAAAAAAAGUGAUUGGAAAGAUCAGGGUUGAAGUGAGGAAAGUAAGAAUCAUCCCUCAACGGAAACUUAAGGACACAUACUCCCAGCAAAGUGCUAUCUAUGUGCAAGCCGGAGUUGAGUACAUUAGACAUGUUUCUUCACUUGUAAAAAGCAAAAUCAACAAAUUAGGACUAUCUUCAUUUUCACUUCCAUGUGAAGAACCAGUGACUUGUCUAUUGCACCUUAAAAGUUCCCAAGAGCAUGCAGAAACUGAAUCGUCUUUAGGCAUAUGCUUGAGGCCCGGAACUGGUGAUUCUCAUGACUUUUUCCCAGAAAACCAAGGAGAUGCCCUUCUAAUGGAAGUGCAUGGAGAGAAGAGGGUUAUACAGGGUUGUGCAGUUAUUCCAGUCUCGUCCCUUCAUGAAAAUCCAAAUGAUAGAAUCAAAUGGUGGCCAAUUUAUCAUGAAGACAAUGAAUGCAUUGGGAAGGCUCAACUUUCCAUCACAAGCACAAUUACAUCUGAUGAAACUACACACCUUAAGUGCGGACCCGUUGUGGAAACACUCGCAUAUGAUUUACUAUUGGAGGCUGCCAUGCGCGCACAAUGUUUCCAUGCACGUAAUUUAUGGGUGGUGGAACCUUGGAAAUGGUUGCUGACGGAGUUUUCUGAUUAUUAUGGAGUUUCAGAAUCAUAUACUAAACUUAGGUAUCUUUCACAUGUCAUGAACGUUGCUACGCCUAUAAAAGAUUGCUUAGAGCUCAUUUAUGAGCUUCUGGUGCCUGUUAUGAAGGCUAGAACGGAACGAAGACUAACAAGACAAGAGAAAAGCUUGUUAAUGGACUGUGAAACACAAGUGGAGAGUCUACUGGCACUUGCUUUUCAAAAUUACAAGUCGUUAGAUGAAAAAUCUUCUACUGGUUUAUCAGAUACAUCGAGUCCCAUCCCAGAAAGUGCAGCACCGGCAUUAGCUCCAGCAGUUCAAUUAUAUACUCUUGUCCAUGAUAUACUUUCUCCAGAUGGGCAGGCUUUGAUGACCAACUAUUUGCAGGCAGCAGCAAGAAAGAGGUGCAGGAAGUAUAUGGUAGACACAGAUGAGUUUGUGGCAAGCAACACUGAGGGGUUUCUGAUGGAUUCUAUUGCAAUUACCACAGCUUACUUGAAAAUGAAAAAUUUGUGCUUAAACCUUUGUAAUGAAAUAGAGACAGAUAUCAAGAUACAUAACCAGCACAUACUACCAAGCUCAAUUGAUCUCUCAAGCAUCACAGCGGAGGUUUACAGCAGUGAGUUGUUUAAGAGGCUCAAAGGAUUCCUUGCAGCAUGGCCUCCUUCAAGCCCCCAGCCUCAUGUUAAUGAACUUCUAAUAGCAACUGCUGACUUUGAGAGGAAUCUCGAGUCAUGGAACAUCAGUGUACCACAAGGUGGUGUAGACUCGAGGAACUUGUACCAUAAUUAUAUUAUGGUUUGGGUCCAAGAUAUGCAAUUAUGCUUACUUGACUUAUGCAAGGCAGAAAAGGUACCAUGGGCUGGGGUAAUCACAAACUAUUCUACUUCACCAUUUGCCGAGGAAGUAUAUGACAAAAUCAAAGAAAUGUUGAGUGACUAUGAAGUGGUGAUCAAUCGAUGGCCGCAGUACACAUUGAUCUUGGAGAAUGCUGUUGCGAAUGUGGAAAGAUCAAUUAUGAAAGCACUCGAAAGACAGUAUGCAGAUAUUUUGGCACCUCUAAAAGAUAGCAUUCCCAAGAGGCUUGGGAUUCAAGUUCAGAAAUUAACAGGAAGACAAUCAAAUGCCCCCUACUCCAUUCCUAAUCAGUUGGGAACUUUUCUAAACACCAUCAAGAGAACUCUUGAUGUUCUGCAUUGUAGAGUAGAAGACAAGUUGAAGGCAUGGGCAUCUUAUCUUCUAGCCAGCGGUGAUAAGAAGUCAACUUAUGGGGAACAAAUGAAUGCAGUUACUGUCUUGUUGAGGACAAAGUACAAAAACUACAUGCAGGCUGUUGUGGUCAAGCUCAUUAGUAAUGUGCAAGCAAGUCGCGGCACACGACUUCAAAGAAUUCUUGAAGAAACAAAGGAAGCAGAUGGAGAGGGGGAAAUCCGUGAAAGGAUGCAAAUUUUGUGCUGUCAGCUAGUGGAAUCUGUAUCCAACUUACAUGAAGUUUUUACAAAUCAGAUUUUCAUUGCUAGCUGCCGUGGUUUAUGGGACAAAAUGGGACAGAUUGUGCUGAAGUUUCUGGAAGGUAGAAAAGAAAAUCGCAUAUGGUACAACGGAUCUUAUUAUGCUCUAGGAAUUUUGGAUGAUACUUUUGCUUCCCAGAUGCAACGAUUACAAGGAAAUGCAUUACAAGAGAAAGAUAUUGAACCACCACGUUCAAUCAUUGAAGCUCGGUCCAUUCUUUCUAGAGAUUCUAACAAUGCCGCCGACACUUCAACCUACUUCUAUUAAAGUAGGAUAACUUGGUGUAAUAUUUCAUUUGUUCAGUUUAUAUGUAUAUGUUACAUGCCUAUUCUUUCGUAAAGAAACCAUCUUUAUGCAAAUAAUAAUCAAUCGGAGUUCCCGAAAGGUUUACUAA